AUGUGGCACGUUUAUAAUUUAGUACGCAUUGGUGAUACAGUUCGGUGCACGACAAUUCGAAAAGUCACAACGGAAUCGAGUACUGGCAGCACUUUUAGCCAGCGGGUGCAUACUGUUUUAUCGAUUUCCAUUGAAACGGUUGAUUUUGAUCCUGUAGCUUGCAUCUUGCAUCUGAAAGGUAGAAAUGUUGCUGAAAAUGAGCAUGUCAAGAUGGGACAAUAUCAUACACUGGAUAUUGAUGUUGGAAAGAAGUUCAUGUUAUGGAAACCAUAUUGGGAUUCGAUAGACUUGAGUCGUCUAGACUCGGCACUUGAUCCGUCCCGAACUGCUGAUGUGGCUGCUAUUGUUAUGCAUGAGGGUUUGGCGAAUUUAUGUCUAGUGACGGCGCAAAUGACUAUCGUAAAAGCAAAAAUUAACAUGCAAAUUCCGAGGAAGAGAAAGGGUUGCUCAGGUCAUCACGACAAGGGUAUACAACGUUUUUAUGAAGUUAUUGCAGCCGCAUUUGUUAGACACGUUGACAUGAAGGUAGUAAAAUGCAUAUUAAUAGCUAGUCGUGGUUUUCUUAAUGAGCAAUUUCUAAAUUAUCUAAUGGAAUUUGCCGACAAGCAUGGGAACAAGUUGAUUUUGGAAAGUCGUAGCAAAUUUUUACUUGUUCAUGCAAGCAGUGGCUUUAAGCAUGCACUCAAAGAGGUGUUGUCAGAUCCCGGCGUAGCAACCGCUCUAUCGAAUACUAAAGCUCAAGCUGAAGUUAAGGCGCUUAACACGUUUCACGAGCUAAUGGCAACUGAUCCAGCUCGUGCCUUUUAUGGUUAUAAGCAUGUGUUGAUGGCUAAUGAACAAUUGGCUAUUGACACGCUACUGCUAUCUGAUUCGUUGUUUAGGUCAAAUAAUGUUCAGUUGAGGACGAAAUAUGUUGAACUGGGUUCUAACGUGUUGAUAUUCUCGUCAAUGCAUGUAUCAGGUGAACAACUUAGCGCCUUAGGAGGCGUGGCAGCUAUUUUAAGGUUUCCACUACACGAAUUGGAAAAUGAAGAGAUGUCUGACAAUGAACACGAUGAAGACAAUGACGAUCUCAAAAAUUAA